UGGUAAAGUGCGUGACGUACUUAAACAAGAUGGCGGAAUUCUGGCAGAUUUAAGUUAUUUUGAAGAGCUGUAAAAACUUUCCACAAACAUGAUGCGCCAUGAAACGAGUCAUCUGCGUCGUGAGAAGGCCUCCAAGCCGCUGCUGUCACAAGGGCGAGUGAAGACCGGGAAGUACUACCUGCGGACACAACCAGGCCCUUCACCCCUGGAUACAGAGGAUGGACCAAUCUUCAUGAUGAAGAGAAAACGAAAUACAUCCCUCAUCUGGUUUGAUGUGUUCAUUACCAUUCUCGAGAUGUUACAGAUCUUGGCACUAGUCCAGGUGAUGUCACUACGAUGGGUGUGGCCCAAGAUAUGGAUUAACUACACAUACUUUCUGUUCAUUUUCAACGUGGAUAUCUGGGAGCUGGUGAAGGUUUCAAGUGGAGUGUUUCAUGGAGUGCAAGACUACUUCACACCAAGCUCCUUUGUACCAUUCAGCUAUAACUACAUUGUUUUGGGAUGGGGCCUUUUCUUAUUGUGUUUGAUAGGAGGAUUUGUAGGUACCUAUGCAGUCCUUCGAUACAGGAAGCGACCAUACCUACUUGUCCAUGUUGCGAGGAUGGAGAGAGCUGGAAUCAUUAUCGCCCAGGUCAUAGCCAUUCCACUUGGUGUAGCCAUUGCCAAGUUAUUCCAGUGCACAAACAUAUUUGCCAAGGUCGACCCUUUGAAUGACCUUACAUGUUUUUCUGGUUUACACUGGGCAUAUGUAGCACUGGCAAUAUUUGUCAUCAUUGGAUUCUACUUCCUGGUUCCUGCUAGGAUGAUCUAUAGAACCCGGCAGGAAAUCCUGGCUGGGACACCUCAACACCAUGAGACCUACCUCCAACUGAAAGAAAUGGAGUACAUGUCAGGCCUGGAUGUCCUCUGGAUCGUGAAGGGAUUUCACAUAUUUUCAUCCUUUAGAUUGAGAUCAGCUUACUUCAGACCAUUCCUACACUUCUUUAAGUUUGUCUUGCUGAGCAUAUACGCUGCUGCAGUCCAGAACAUAUUCGCUCAGGCUUUAGCCACAACUGGAACACUGUUUGUUUUGCUGCUCGCUGUCACCAUCAUCAGGCCAUUUCGAAUAACCAGCUUCAAUGUGUUCUUCGUAGUUGGCUAUCUGUGCCUCUUGGGUGACUGCAUAAUGGGAAGCUGCUUGGCAAGUGUGCCCCCAUCAGAGGUUCUGUCUCCAUGGCUCGUGGAGCCAUACUCCACUUGGAUCCUGGUAGGGGUGAACGGCGUCUUGUUACUGAGUAUGUUGGCAUUCCUGGGUCACCUGCUGGUGUAUAACCUCUACUGGCAUCGACGUAAGGGACACUCACCACUGUGGCCAGACAUGGCCAACCAUGGAGCGGAUAAAGUCGGCGUCGAGACUAAGAAGUAUAUGGUGUCUGUGCUCAAGGCUAGAUCUAUACUUGAGAAGUGCCGUAGCGCCAACCCCAUGUUCGCCCCCGUCCAUGAGCUGUCCCAACACAUCCAGGUCAUCAAUGCUUACUUCAGAGAGGCAGAGAAACUAGGAGACGGUCUCCAUGACACUCUGUGGGAUCUCCUAGAUGAGAUGAUUCAGGUGCAUGAGAAGCUGGAACCAAAGUCCCUGUUUGGAGAUGGCGUGAAGGACUCCAUCCGCGAGACAGCAGCAGAGUUGAUGAAGCUGAUGCCGAUGUUCACACGUCGACUUGCUCAGAGAGACUACGACUUGAUCCUUGUCUCUCCCCUCAAACGUAGGAUGUUGCUGAAGAUGACCGUCUUGAGCUUUUUCCUAAAUGGACGAUCAAGGGGUGUUGCCAAGAAACAGAUAACUGGACCAGAGAUGACAAGAAUCUGGCCUGAGUCAGAGACCAACCCUCGAGUAGAAGACACGAUGGAGUAUUAUGAGGAUCUGAUGCCCGCCCCACCACAGGGUCCGGACCAGGAGCAGAUGUACCUGUCCGAGUCUCUGUGCUUCCCCCUUCAGCUGGUUGAUAUCGAUGAGGACGAGAAGAGUGUGUCCUCCAUUCUGAAGGGAGCUCCCGAGAUCCAGCUGCUGUCUCCACCACCUUCCAGGCCAAGUUCAAGUCUGUCGUGCCACAGCCGAGUGACCUUGAGAGGAGAGGACAAUAAAGGGUUUGAAGGUGACUCUGGAGGUCAGACUGACACGGUCGUGGAUCUGGAGGACUACAGCCCAGGGGAGACAACCACAGAUGGCUUAAUUCAGCUUCACACCAGUAAACAAGAUUCUGGUGAAGACACACAGGAUACAAGUCCAACCAAGGCCAGCGGCAUAACUAUUUCCAAUGACCAUGACAAAGCUUCACAGGAACGGGAGAUUGUUGACCAGAAGGGUCAUCUGAAGAGGACAUUGAGCUCAACACACAUUACUGGAGCUGAAUCUGAGGACAACACAAACACUACCAGUCAGUCCCUGUUACAACCAGUUUCAACCAGUUCACCAGUGGUCACCACCAGCUCAGAACAGCAGCUGCCGGUUAAGGAGAAAAAAAUGAGAAAGAAGAAGAAGUCCUCAAGGAAGAAGUCGAACACUGAGGACCCAGGAGACAGUACCGACUACUAGACCACCAGUUGUUUAGUGUUGAUGACAAUCUGUCCAUCUAACAAGCAAGCAAUGACACCCAGUUAUAUAUAGAAGUGUAAAUGUUUACUUUAACAAAUGGAACAUUGGUGGUAUAUUGCAUAAUGAAAUUAAGUUCUAAAGCGAUGUAACCCUUAAUAUCAAAA